GUGGCCGAGCCUGGAAAAUGGCUGCGAGCGCGUCUGUUGUGCCGGCGGCCGUGACGGCUGCCGUGGUGCCGGUCCUCUCAACGAGUGGCGAUUUCUCAAAUUUGCGGGAAAUUAAAAAGCAGCUGCUCCUCAUCGCUGGCCUUACCCGGGAGCGAGGCCUACUGCACAGUAGCAAAUGGUCCGCCGAGUUGGCCUUCUCCCUCCCGCCGUUGCCUCUGGCCGAGCUGCAGCCGCCGCCGCCUAUUACGGAGGAGGAUGCCCAGGAUAUGGAUGCUUAUACCCUGGCCAAGGCCUACUUUGACGUUAAAGAAUAUGAUCGGGCAGCACAUUUCCUGCAUGGCUGCAAUAGCAAGAAAGCCUAUUUCUUGUACAUGUAUUCUAGAUAUCUGUCUGGUGAAAAGAAAAAGGAUGAUGAAACAGUUGACAGCCUAGGACCCCUGGAGAAAGGACAAGUGAAAAAUGAGGCCCUUAGAGAAUUGAGAGUGGAGCUCAGCAAAAAACACCAGGCUCGGGAACUUGAUGGAUUUGGCCUUUAUCUUUAUGGUGUGGUGCUUCGAAAACUGGACUUGGUGAAAGAGGCCAUUGAUGUGUUUGUGGAGGCUACUCAUGUUUUGCCUUUGCACUGGGGAGCCUGGCUAGAACUCUGUAACUUGAUUACAGACAAAGAGAUGCUGAAGUUCCUGUCUUUGCCAGACACCUGGAUGAAAGAGUUUUUUCUGGCUCAUAUAUACACAGAAUUGCAGUUGAUAGAGGAGGCGCUGCAAAAGUAUCAGAAUCUCAUUGAUGUGGGCUUCUCUAAGAGCUCAUAUAUUGUUUCCCAAAUUGCAGUUGCCUAUCACAAUAUCAGAGAUAUCGACAAAGCCCUCUCUAUUUUUAAUGAGCUAAGGAAACAAGACCCUUACAGGAUUGAAAAUAUGGACACAUUCUCCAACCUUCUUUAUGUCAGGAGCAUGAAAUCUGAGUUGAGUUAUCUGGCUCACAACCUCUGUGAAAUUGAUAAAUAUCGUGUAGAAACAUGCUGUGUGAUUGGCAAUUAUUAUAGUUUGCGUUCUCAGCAUGAGAAAGCAGCCUUAUAUUUCCAGAGAGCUCUGAAAUUGAAUCCUCGGUAUCUUGGGGCCUGGACACUGAUGGGACACGAGUACAUGGAGAUGAAGAACACAUCUGCUGCUAUUCAGGCUUAUAGACAUGCCAUUGAGGUCAAUAAGCGGGACUAUAGAGCCUGGUAUGGCCUUGGGCAGACUUAUGAAAUCCUUAAGAUGCCGUUUUACUGCCUUUAUUAUUAUAGACGGGCUCACCAGCUUCGGCCAAAUGAUUCUCGUAUGCUGGUUGCUUUAGGAGAAUGUUAUGAAAAACUCAAUCAACUAGUGGAAGCCAAAAAGUGUUAUUGGAGAGCUUACGCUGUGGGAGAUGUGGAGAAAAUGGCCCUGGUGAAACUGGCAAAGCUUCAUGAACAGUUGACUGAAUCAGAACAGGCUGCCCAAUGUUACAUCAAAUAUAUCCAAGAUAUCUAUUCCUGUGGGGAGAUAGUGGAACACUUGGAGGAGAGCACUGCUUUCCGCUAUUUGGCCCAAUACUAUUUUAAGUGCAAGCUGUGGGAUGAAGCUUCAACUUGUGCCCAAAAGUGUUGUGCAUUCAAUGAUACUCGGGAAGAAGGUAAGGCCUUACUCCGGCAAAUCCUACAGCUUCGGAACCAAGGCGAGACUCCCUCCACUGAGAUGCCUGCUCCUUUCUUCCUCCCUGUUUCACUGUCUGCUAACAACACUCCCACACGUAGAGUUUCUCCACUCAACCUUUCUUCAGCCACACCAUAGUUGGCUACCUUCAAGCCAUCACAUUGCCAGACCCAUACCUCCAAGGACCUUAGUGCUUUUUGGUUGUACAGAUGGAAACAGCUCCUUGGGGACAGUUUACAGAAUCAUCUUCAGGGCAGACUGACAGAAGAAUCCUGGGAGGAACAGACAUUUUCUUUUGCCAGUUAGAAGCACUUCCAUCUCUCUUCUGUUCAGAGUGGCUGCCAAUCUUUGCCUUCUUCCCAUACCUUCCCUCCCCCCCACAAGAAAAAAUCCCUUUAACAGCACUUUAGUACAGGUAAGGCUACAGGAACAAAUGUUUACUGCUGCUGGGACUGGGAGAUUUCUUUAGAGAGGCAAGGAAGGGAGAGAAGUCUGCCACUCUACCUUCUGCUGGCAGUAGGGGCACUGGAUACCCUAGGAAGGUCAGGGCACUGGAUAGACAUGACCUCUUCAUUCUUGGAUUUGCUGGGCAUGACUAUUCUGUUGUCAGAGAUUAGGUUUAAAUGGAGUGAAGCUAUAUAUUCUUACUCUAGGGAAACAUUCUUCUAAAACAUAGUUUUGAGGAGUCUCCGCGAAGCUUUCAAAUUGGAAGUAAUAGAGUUGAAUAAAAGAAGGGCAAAAAGAAUCCCACUGAGCAUGGAAUUGCUGAUAGCCCCUACUGAGGGCCAAAGAUGUCUAUAGUGUUAGCUAUAUCCCUACUAAAGCAAAGCAAGAAGACAGGAUUACAGAUAAUGUCAUGGACAUUUGGGAGUGAUAACUUAUGACUGUACAGACAAGAAUAAACUCCAAGCUGGUCUGUUUUAAUAAAUAUUUUUGAUGUAA